CCUUACGAGUCCUUCUCCUUUCCGAACAAUUACUUCGUCCAUGGCUCCAAAGUCGUCGUUUCGGUCGCUCGGUUUUACAAUUCCCUUUUUCCGAUAGCCACUUUUUCGUCCUUCUAGUUCUGAAGUCUUAAUCAAUUUCCAGUCUGAGAAAAACUCUGAAGGAAAAUCGAAGAUCUUCGAAGCGGUGGCUUUAAUCAGAUCUUUCAUUUAUUUGAUAUCGUUCGGAUUUUAAUUAUCUCCGGUAGCCGAGAUGUUGGAGAAGAUCGGAUUGCCGGCUAGGCCAUCUCUUCGAGGGAACAACUGGGUGGUGGAUGCUUCUCAUUGUCAAGGAUGUUCGUCUCAGUUCACCUUUAUCAAUCGCAAGCAUCAUUGUCGGAGGUGCGGGGGAAUAUUUUGCAAUAGUUGCACGCAGCAUCGAAUGGUUUUGCGUGGACAAGGUGAUUCUCCUGUGCGCAUAUGCGAACCUUGCAAGAAGCUAGAAGAAGCUGCAAGGUUUGAGCUUCGGCAUGGACACAAAAGCAGAACUGGAAGAGGUAGCUUGAAAUCGACAAAGCCUGAGGAUGACAUUUUGGCUGAAAUUCUUGGUAGUGAUAGAAAGGAAUCAUCAUCUUCAGUGCAAGAAUUAAAUGGCAACAGUUCUUCAAGUGGAAGGACUGUUGCUGGUGAAGAGUUCGUAGACCAUGGGGAAGGAGAGGCAUCCAGUAGCUUAACAGAUCGUCUAGAGAAUAAAAUGGAAUCUAGCAGUCCGGAGCAAUUGCGCCAGCAAGCUUUAGAUGAAAAAAAGAAAUAUAGAGUUCUUAAAGGAGAAGGUAAAUCUGAGGAAGCAUUAAAAGCUUUUAAGAGAGGAAAAGAACUCGAGAGGAAAGCUGAUGCUUUGGAGAUUUCCAUAAGAAGAAGCCGUAGAAAUGCUCUAGUAUCCAGUAAUGCAUGUGAAGACCAAAAUGUUGGUUCUAAAGAAUCUGGUAGGAAAAUGAAACUUAAUCAACAAAGUAGUAAUGAAAAGCAUGAUCUUAAUGCUGAACUCAAAGAACUUGGAUGGUCUGAAAUGGAUCUCCAUGCCGAGGAUAAAAAAUCAGCUACAAUGAGUUUAGAGGGCGAGCUAUCUUCUCUUCUUAGUGGGGUCUCACAAAAGACCGACAAAGCUAAGGGUGUUCAUAGCAUUGAUAAUACCCAGGUUGUUGCUCACAAAAGAAAAGCUUUAAUGUUGAAACGUGAAGGCAAGCUAACGGAAGCCAAGGAAGAACUUAAGAAAGCCAAAGUUUUAGAAAAGCAGCUUGAAGAACAAGAGCUCUUGGCUGGAGCUGAGGAUGAGUCAGAUGAUGAGCUAUCUGCAUUGGUGCGUAGUUUGGAUGAUAAUAAGCAUGAAGAUAUUUCAUUUCAGUACAAGGAGAAUCUCGAAUUUGAUCUUGAUAACCUUCUAGGGGCUGCUAAUACUAUCAUUUCUGACAUCAACUUCGAAGUGACAGAUGAGGACAUGGAAGAUCCUGAAAUUUCUGCUGCUUUAGAAACAUUAGGUUGGACUGAAGAUUCCAAUAACGCUGAAAGCACUCAGCCCCAACCUUCUUCUAGUACUAGGGAUUCGAUAAAAAGUGAAAUAAUUUCCUUGAAAAGAGAGGCUCUUAAUCAAAAGCGUGCAGGUAAUAUUGCAGUGGCUAUGGAACAGCUUAAGAAAGCCAAGAUACUUGAGAGAGACCUUGAGAACUUCGGAUCUCAAGAAGAUAAGCAUGUUUCAGGCGGUGGCAGUACUGAAACGACAGAAGUCAUGAUUCCUAAACUUCCUUCGAAAAGUAAAGUAGCCAUCCAGAAAGAGCUUCUUGCUAUAAAGAAGAAAGCCCUGUCCUUGAGAAGGGAAGGAAGGUUGGAUGAGGCAGAAAAAGAAUUGAACAAAUGCAAGGUCCUGGAGCACCAACUUGAACAAGCGGCUGAAGCUUCAAGGGGGAAUGGCAGAGAGGUGGGUGUUGAGACUAAAAAUCCACAUUUGCUCUCUGAGGAUCUCAAUAAAAACUUGCUAGAUGUGGAAGUGGUUGAAGAUGUAACAGAUCAAGAAAUGCAUGAUCCCGAGUAUCUUUCUGUUCUUAAAAAUUUAGGUUGGAAUGACAAAGAUGAUGAUUUGGUUCCUUCAAAGCCCUCUAAACAAGAUGAUUUGUUAGAUGUGGAACCAAGUGAGUCAUCUGCAAAUCAUGCUCCUAAAUACGCAGUUAGGCCACUAAGAAAAAAGGCUGAAGUCCAGAGAGAACUUUUGGGAUUGAAAAGAAAGGCUCUCUCUCUUAGACGCCAAGGGGAGACUGAGGCAGCAGACGAAGUGCUGCUAAAGACCAAAGCUUUAGAGGCUGAGAUGGAGGAGAUAGAAAGUAGGGAUAGAGUUAGAACUGCUGCCUAUAGUGGGAACCAAGAGGACAAUCGCAAAGCCUCUUCUGGAAGGUUGGUCAAUCAAGGUGAUGAUUGUGAUGUCACAGAGGAAGAUAUGAGUGAUCCGUCAUUACUCUCUGUUCUACAGAAUUUGGGAUGGAAUGGUGAUGAUGUUGCACCAGUAAUUAAGCAGGUCAAUCCAGUUAAAGAGGAUGCAAAACCAUCUAGUAACCAAUCUUCUACAACCAAUGUCACUGCACCACAAAGUAGAAGUGAAAUUCAAAGAGAGGUUCUAAAUUUGAAAAGAAAGGCUCUUUCCCUUAGAAGGAAAGGCGACAUUGAUGAGGCUGAGGAAGUCUUGAGAAGGGCAAAGGUGUUGGAGAUCCAAAUGGAUGAACUGGAUACUCCAAAACCAAAAGGUGUGGUCGGUAUCACUGAGGAUGACAAGUCUGAAGUUCUCAGAGCAUUGGGAGGCGAUGAGUUGCGAGACCGUGUGAAGGAUGUGGAGGUAAAUAAUGUAUCAGCACAAGUUGCAGACGGUCUGAAAGUGUAUAACGAAGUACCAGAUCUGUCCAUGGAUUUAAAGUCCUCCAAAGGCAAUUCAGUUCAUUCCCGUUUACAGAAUUUUAACCAAUCAGACCGUUUAGAUUCGAAAGAGCUCGGAGCGUCAUUCAGAGAAAGUACUUCAGGUAGAAAUAGUUCUCUGGAAGGAAAUGGACGAAUCUCUCACUCCGAUGUGUUGACUAGUGUUGGCCUUUUCACAGAGUCUGGAUCCCAGGCAAUUUCUACUGUUACAAAUAAAGAUCAUUUCAGCAUUGUAAACCAGGACACUGUAGUUCAUGAAGGGAAAGAACAUUACCAAGCGGACAGCUCCUUUCAGGACUCUAAUUCUCAGAGCAGCACAAGUUCCCUGCGCCAAGAAGUUUUGGCUCGCAAGAAGAAGGCAGUUGCAUUAAAGAGAGAGGGAAAACUGUCAGAAGCUCGUGAAGAACUUCGACACGCAAAGUUAAUGGAGAAAUCUCUUGAGGAAAACAAUGGUCAGGUUCAACUUACUUCAAAAAGUUCGUCAAUUUCCUCAAACAAUGUACCAUCACCUAGCCGAAAGGAAUCUAGCACAUCAACCGUAGAACAGAAACCAUCACCUGAGAAGCAGUCUAGCCCAUCAACUAUGGAACAGAAACCAAUGUCUGCUCGUGACCGCUUCAAGUUGCAGCAGGAGUCACUCAAGCACAAACGACAGGCUUUGAAAUUUCGUAGAGAAGGUCGAACACAAGAAGCUGAUGCAGAGUUUGAAAAGGCCAAGGCCAUUGAAACUCAAUUAGAGCAGUUAACCAACGCUACAAAUUCAUCUGCAAGUGGAGAAGAGCAUGCAGGAGAUGUUAGUGUUGAGGAUUUUCUUGAUCCUCAACUGCUCUCUGCUUUGAGAGCUAUUGGUUUGGAAGAUCCGACACCGAGCAUUUCUAGAGGUCAAGACACGUUAAAGCCACCACCAAAAGCUGGCACUGAUAAGAUGGAAAAUCCAGUGUUAGAAAGAAAUCAAUUGGAGGAACGUAUCAAAGCAGAAAAGAUGAAGGCAGUGAACUUGAAACGUUCGGGAAAGCAAGCAGAGGCCUUAGAUGCCUUGCGGCGAGCCAAACUCUAUGAAAAAAAGUUGAAUGCCUUAGUAUCGAAUUAAGAGCAAGUUGUGUGAGAUGUUGAAUGCCUCCUUCAAUUAGUUCUUCCUAUUGGUCCAUUGUUAUUUGAAAAUGUACCAUCAUUGAUCUCAAUUCAUUCUCAUGCUACAAUUGUGUCAUAAUUCUGUUAAGCCAGAAUGAUGAAAUUAUUCUUCCAUUAGAUUCA